GAAGGUCAGGGAGACAUGAUGUGGUCAGGAAAUAGGAGAGUGAGAGUUCAGAAAGCAACCUUAAAAGCUGCAGAACCUUGGCCUGAAAAUGCUACCUUGUAUCAACAACUGAAAGGGGAGCAAAUUUUGCUUUCUGACAAUGCAGCUUCUCUUGCUGUGCAGGCCUUUUUGCAAAUGUGUAAUCUGCCUAUCAAAGUGGUUUGUAGGGCAAAUGCAGAAUAUAUGUCUCCAUCUGGUAAAGUACCUUUUAUUCAUGUAGGAAAUCAAGUAGUAUCAGAACUUGGUCCAAUAGUCCAAUUCGUUAAAGCCAAGGGCCAUUCUCUUAGUGAUGGGCUGGAUGAAGUCCAAAAAGCAGAAAUGAAAGCCUACAUGGAAUUGGUCAACAAUAUGCUGUUGACUGCAGAGUUGUAUCUCCAGUGGUGUGAUGAAGCUACAGUAGGGGAGAUCACUCAUGCUAGAUAUGGAUCUCCUUACCCUUGGCCUUUGAAUCAUAUUUUGGCCUAUCAGAAACAGUGGGAAGUCAAGCGUAAGAUGAAAGCUAUUGGAUGGGGUAACAAGACUCUGGACCAGGUCUUAGAAGAUGUAGACCAGUGCUGUCAAGCACUUUCUCAAAGACUGGGAACACAACCAUAUUUCUUCAAUAAGCAGCCUACUGAACUAGAUGCACUAGUAUUUGGCCAUUUGUAUACCAUUCUUACCACACAAUUGACCAAUGAUGAACUUUCUGAGAAGGUGAAAAACUACAGCAACCUCCUUGCUUUCUGUAGAAGAAUUGAACAGCACUAUUUUGAAGAUCGUGGUAAAGGCAGCUCAUCUAUCAGAUCAUCGUAGAGAUAUGUCUUAAUUUAGUUAUUAUUUUAAAAAACAACUUGAAAUAUGUUACUUGAACGUUAUAGUAAAUAAUGGUAUCAGAAUUUUAAAACCAAAAACACUGUUUUUUGAAACCUCAGAAUAAAUUAUAUAAUGUAUCCUAUACAUGUACUUUAUACUGUUACUUCAAAUAAUUCUGAAUGAUUUCAUUUGAUUUGCUGUACUCUGUAUCUUGAAAUUUCUGUUUUCUUGAAACAUGUAUGCAUAUAAAAAUAAAGUGCAAAAGAACUGAA